AUGGACCAACAACAAGCGGCACAGGUCCUCCAGUCGCUCCAGGAACUACAGACCGAGGUCAAUCGACUAAGAGGCCGAGAAGCUGAACUGACAGCACAGGUCGCUUCUUUUGGUGCCGGUUCGGCUGCUUCAGCUGGACCUGGCAGUGCACUGGCACAGUUGGUGCAGUCACAAAAGGAGCUUGUGGACGCCCUUAGAUCGAAAGAACAAGUCCGGUUGGUCGACAACAAGGGCCUUGGCAAGCCCGACAAGUUUGAUGGGACAGCCGAAAGAUUCUUGUCAUGGAAAAUCAAGACGUCCUCCUAUCUUGCAAGUGUUCGCAAAGACCUUCGUGAGAUUCUGGUUUGGGCCGAAGAUUGCGAUCAUGCAAUCACUGCAGAUGACAUCGACAAGGCUUUUGGGAGUCAAGCAGAUGCCAUUGACCAGGUGUCGAACAUCAGUGAAUUGAGACGCGAGCUUUGGGACGCGCUGCUAAUGCUGACAGAGCGUGAGCCCUUUGACAUCGUGCUGAACACCGGGGAAUGCGGCAUCGAAAGCUGGAGAAAGCUCACGCGGAGGUACGACCCAUCCACUGGUGGUCGCAAACGCGCUCUCCUCAAUGCAAUCUUGUCACCGGCUCGAUCCAAGAUGGAAGAUUUGCCGUCCAACCUGGAGAAGCUUCUUGACAGCAUCAGACUUUAUGAACGUCGCAAAGACGCAUCUGGCAACCGAACGAUGUUGGCAGAAGACAUCAAGAUCAACGUGAUUGAACGAUUGGUGCCGGCAGAGCUCGAGCGUCAUCUCGUUCUCAAUCGAGAUCGCUUCAAGACGUUCGAGUCCAUGCUGUCCGAGAUCCAGUCCUAUGUGGAACAUGCCACCGGCAACAAGAUCAAGGUGGUGAAUAGCCAGCCCUACGACGCACAUGGCCGUGGGGACGAUCCUAUGGAUGUCGGAAGCUUUGGAAAAGAUGCGAAGGGAAAAGGUAAGGGCAAGAAGGGAGCUGGAGGAAAACCUGGAAAGGGAAAUGCAACAGCUGAGAAGAGAACAUGUCACAACUGCGGACGCCCAGGACAUCUGCGGGCAGAUUGCUGGGCACCUGGAGGCCCCAAACAUAAGGGGACGGGUGGCAAAGGCAACAGCAAUCAGAAUAAGGACAAGGGCAAGGGCAAAGGCAGCCCCGGAAAGCACAAGCAGAAGCCCAAAGGAGGCAAAUCUGUGAACAAUGUCGAACAAGGUGAACCAGAAGCAGAAGACUGGGACGCAGCUGAUGGCGACGAUGGUCAACAAGCAGCAAAUGGUUUAACGCUCUAUGGCGUUGAUGGGCCACCACAUGACGAGGAUGACGACGAAAGUUUCCAGGUCGAUCCCGAGUCCGAGGAGUCGGAAGCCUCGACAAGUCGCAGAAGGUGGUUUUCUUUGCCUCACCCACGUGCGUCAUGGCCUGAAGAGUGGGACGACCCCGACUAUGAUGGACCGAGUGGAUCGAGCACCUCGAACGCCACAGGGAAGACCCAAGAGGGGCAGAAGUCCAAAGAGCUCAACACCAAAGAGAGGCAAAGCAAGCAGAUCAGGGCCAGUCACUCCGGAGUCAGCACUCCGACGCUUUCGAAUGACUUCGAUGACACCACCACCAAGGAGAAGGUUGAGGUGAAGCCACCACCACCUGUCAAGGCAUCAUCGGCAGCUUCGACUUCAGGUUCUCGACUUGUCCAGAUGCUGAAGGCUGCGCUGAGUUCACAAAUCCGCAAAGUCCAAGAAGAAGAUCCUGGUUCAGGAGAUGGCCAGGCAGAUGCGAUGUUAGCGGCUUUGAGGACUAGAUCUGUCAAGGCACCGCACAUCACAAAGCAGAACAUCAGCGAUCCUUCUUUCCACGACUCGAGAUACCAUGCCGAGAUUGCCAAAGGUGUUGCACACAAUGUGGCCUGGAGAAAUGAACGUUUGAGAAGACGUGCAAUCGUCCACCGACGAGGAGGAGUCAAGGAUGAAGACAACUUGGAUGCGGGCAUCGAGACGGUGGUUGUGGGCAAAGCUGGUCAGAGCACAGUGAUAGAGUUUUCAAUGGAAGAGCGGAAAACUUUGAGGCAGUUCCCGGACGACGAGGCCAAGUUGCUGCGGAAGGAUCCCAAGAAGAAACCCAUGACCAAGCGUGUUCGAAGCGUUGGGUACAGGGUGAAGAAGAAUCGCAACCGCAAUGUGGCGCGCAAGAUGGCGAGGAAGAACCGACCAGCCUUGGUUCUGAAGGAAAACACUGAAGUGAACGCAGAUGAAGAUGAUGAUGAAAUGGAAGAGGUCUACAUCGAAGAGCCUGAUGAGCCUCGAGACCGACCAGGCAGAGGAGACCCCGAUGGUGGAGCUGGAUCGGCUCCUGCUGCAGUCUACAGCUUGGGGGCCUCUGACGACUGGCGAAAAUGGGAACGAGCAGAGUUGAACAUCGACACCGGUGCUGCCAUCACUGCAGUACCACUUGACUUCGCCAAGGACUACCCGAGGAGCGAGUCCAAUGGAGCAAGCUACAAGGCAGCCAAUGCGGAACCCAUCGAAGAUCAGGGAAGUGUGAAGCUGGUGGGAUACGACGAAUCUGGCAACAAGAUCCCAAUCGAUUGCCGAGUUGCAGAUGUGCAUCGGCCACUUCUUUCAGGUUCCGAGAUCGCCAAGAACUACCACAUCGCCCUUGGACCAUCUUCGGGGAGAUUGAUCCCAAGAAACACUCCUGCGGGACGGGCCUAUUCGAAGGCCAUGAAAGAUCUGAUCCGAGAUUAUGGCGAUUCAAUGCCCAUUGUGCACAAUCGCCGAGGCAUCUAUGUGUUGGACUAUUGGGUGUCACCUUUUCAGGGGCAUCCUCAAGAGGAGUAA